GCACUGAUGCGGAAGCGUCUAACGCGGAAGCAACACAGGCUCCUUUUAUCAACUCGUGCAUUUGCACUCAGAGCACUUCUUCAUACAUGAAUACCGAUAUUAAAAUCGCAGGCGUUUAUAUCAUCAUAUAAUACAGUGGUAGAGGUAUGUGGAGCAGCGGAGAAGCAGUGCUACGGGCCGUGGAGACGCCGCUGCUGUGGCUCGGGGCCGUGACCGCGGCCUGGCUGUCGGUGUGCGCCGUGUGCCGGCUGCUGUCCGGGAUCCGGGUGUGGGUGCUGGGCAACGGGCGGCUCGUGUCACCCACCACCCUGGGAAAAUGGGCAGUUGUGACUGGAGCCACAGAUGGGAUUGGGAAAGCUUAUGCGGAGGAGCUUGCCCGCAGAGGCUUUGCCAUUGUGCUGAUCAGCCGCUCUCAGGAGAAGCUGGAUGACGUAUCCAAGGCGAUUGCAAGCAAAUGUGGUGUGGAGACAAAAACGAUUGCAGCUGACUUCAGCGCUGUAGAUAUCUACUCUAAGAUUGAAGAUGGACUUGCAGGACUGGAGAUUGGAGUAUUGGUGAACAAUGUUGGAAUAUCCUAUUCUUACCCGGAAUUCUUCCUCAACGUCCCCAAUCUCGACUCUUUCAUUGACACCAUGGUCAACAUUAACAUAACAUCAGUGUGCCAGAUGACGCGUCUUGUUUUACCUCGUAUGGUAGAGAGGCAGAAGGGGGCCAUCCUCAACAUCUCAUCUGCCAGUGGGAUGUACCCUGUUCCUCUCCUUACUGUCUACUCUGCCUCCAAGGCUUUUGUGGACUUCUUUUCACAAGGACUGCAAGCUGAAUACAAGAGCAAAGGCAUCAUCAUCCAGAGUGUUCUGCCAUUUUUUGUUGCAACCAAGCUGAGUAAAAUACGGCGGGCUACGCUGGACAAGCCCAGUCCGGAGCGCUACGUUUCAGCUGAGCUCAACACUGUGGGGCUCCAGACUCAGACCAAUGGCUACCUGCCCCAUGCCAUUAUGGUAAGUCUGGGGCUGGGUGACUACAGCUCUGCUCCCGGCCAAGAUCCUCAACAGCCACGUGAUGGGCAUGGGUUUGUCCCAGCGCGCUCGUUACCUUAAGAAGCAGAAGCAAGGUUAGAUGGAUCUGCCGCGCCCGGGAGCGGCGGCGGCAGCAGACAGACAGAGGGGACCAGCUGUGUUAACGACGCGUUCUGACUACCAUCGACCUAGAAGACAAAAUGUGACAUUUUUUGGGCAACAUCUCUGUUUCCUCCCUCCGAUACUCCCAGUCAUGGAUGAUGUGAUGCAACAUCUGGCCACAUUUGCCAUUACAUGUAUUCUAUCCUAACAGUUGUGUGAAAAAAUACCAAACAAAG